AUGGAGAUUAAGCUAGAAGAUGGAAACUCUCAUGAUCACCAUCUUAAAGAGAAAAAGCUUCCCUUCCUGGAAUCUGCAGGCUUGCCCAUGCCUAACACAGAACAGAAAAAUCUGAUUCAGAAAGCUAUUGCUCAGACAUUUAAGAGCACAGCCUAUUUGGCCAAUCUCUUGCCUACAGGAACUGUUCUUUCUUUCCAACUCCUGUCGCCCAUAUUCUCCAACAAAGGACACUGUGACUCAGUUAGCAGGGUCAUGACCAUAGUGCUAGUAGCUCUCUGUAGCUUCUCAUGUUUCUUGUUGAGCUUCACUGAUAGCUUCAUAGACAAGACUGGGAACGUUUGUCAUGGAUUUGCUACAGUUCAUGGGUUAUGGAUUAUUGAUGGGUCUGGUACUAUUGCACCUGAGCUUGGUGUCAAGUACCGGCUGCAGUUUAUAGAUUUCAUGCACGCCUUCAUGUCAAUACUUGUGUUUGUUGCUAUUGCGCUAUUUGAUCAGAAUGUGGUGAAUUGCUUGAAUCCAACACCAUCAGCUGAGAUGCAAGAAGUCCUCGGGGCAUUGCCAGUGGGGAUUGGUGUAGUUUGCAGUGUGUUAUUUGUUGUUUUUCCUACACAGCGCCAUGGAAUUGGCUUCCCUCUAUCUGCUAUUUGA